AUGAACGAACCCCCACAACCCACAGAGGGCGAGGGCAGCCCCUCAUGGGGCCGACUAAGAACAGUCAGGCGAGCCCGCAACUCACCCCAUGAUGUUCCCUGCGGCGAAGAGUGCCUAGUAUAUCCACAAGUUAAGAAAGACCACACACCUACCGGCAUCAUGGGCAAGGUCGCGCGGUACCUAGAGCUGGACCUUGAAAGUCGACCUUGGAGGGAUGACGUCUGGAUGGAGAGGAAGGGGAGGAAGAGGCGUCAUGGCGGGAGACAUCGGCGCUGCCUGCGGCCGAACCAGUUCCAUCCUGGAGAGGGGGGCAUCGUGGAGGAGGAGGAGACUAUGGAGGGAGAGUUGGUUGAGCCUGUUGCGCGUGAGCCCGGUGGUGGUGAGCAGGGCAGAGUGUAUCCUACUGCUGCUCCUGUGUGCGGUGAGGAGAGGCCUGCUAAUCGAGUGGCUGCAGCUUGGGGAGAUUGCAAUAAUCCAGCUGCUGGAGCUGCUACUGAGGAAGCGAUUUGGGUGCCUUUGUCCCCUGGUGAAGUGCGACCGAGGCUACUUGGUGCUGCUGAGGUUCCUCGGGAUGAAGGAGCUGAUGUGCCUCGGGACUGGAGAAGAGGUUCCCGUCGAGUCGCAACUAGUGGACAAUGGGAGUAA